CACUUAGCCUCGGAUGAAAGAUGCAUCUGAAUUAGAGACCAAACGAGCGAUAAGUAGCCUAGCAGCUGCGGUCAUAUCUGGGAAUCAUUUGGAGGGCCUACUUUGGGGGGGACCGGGUGGAGCUCCAAGGAUCUUCACCCUCGUCUAUGUACUAGCGAAGCCUAUACGCCAUGAUGGACACAAUCGCGUCAUCUGAGGUAGGAAAUCUUGAGAGGACAGUUGACAAAGCUGCAUCUUCUCCAAGCAUUUCUUCAUCGCCAGAAUCGUCUUCUCUUGAACGGCCUCGCACAUACAGUCGACCACGGCGAAUUGUUCGUUCCAUCCAGCGGCAUAUCUGGGACGAUCCAGACAAGAGCAAGGAAGAAAAAUGGUUCCUCUUCAAGCUUGAUCUGUUCCUCCUUAGCAGUGCUUGUCUGGGCUAUUUCAGCAAGAAUUUGGAUCAAGCCAACAUUAACAAUGCAUAUGUGUCUGGGAUGAAGGAGUCAUUGAAAAUGUAUGGCAGCGAACUGACCUACACGAGCAAUGUCUUCACAGCUGGUUAUGUCGUCGGUCAAAUGCCUGCAGUCAUGCUGGCUAGUCGCGUUCGACCCUCAAUUCUCAUCCCUACGCUUGAGAUCAUCUGGUCAAUUUUGACCUUCUGUUCUUCAUCUGUCACGAAUGUCUCGCAACUAUAUGCGAUCCGCUUUCUAGUGGGUUUGUGCGAGUCCGGAUACUUUCCCGUCAUGAUUUACCUGAUAGGAAGUUGGUACACCAAGGCCGAAAGAGGGAAACGAGUCGCGUUGUUCUACUGCACUGCCGCACUUGCCAGUAUGUUCAGCGGCUAUAUCCAGGCAGGUGCAUAUAGUGGCCUUGACGGUGUCAGGGGGCGACAGGGUUGGCAGUGGCUUUUCAUCGUAUGCGGCGUCAUAUCCCUCCCGAUCGCCUUUCUAGGAUACUUCUUCAUCCCAGAUUUUCCAGAAACCACACGAGCCUUCUAUAUUACCAAAGACGAAGCCGCGCGGCAGUGUGCACGUCUCGUCGAAGAAGGUCAAAAGCCACUUGGACACAAUCCGUGGAAUCGAAAGAAGCUGUUGCGCAUUGCCAAGCAGUGGCAGUUCUGGGUUCUGCCAAUGGGUUACUUCUUCGUGCAGACGAGUUUCCCAUCUGAACAACCAGCUUAUGCGCUAUGGCUGAAAUCUACUGGCCACACGGUAUACCAGAGAAAUGUUUGGCCUACGGGCCAAGUCGCAAUUGGUGUUGUUGUCCAGCUUCUCGCGGGAAUGCUUUCGGACUCGCCAUUGCUCAAGGGUCGCCGGUGGCCAGCCAUUGUCGUCAUGCAAGCCGGCACCUUGUUUGGAGCCAUUAUUAUCGCUGUUUGGAACGUUCCUGAUACACUCAAGUAUGUCGCAUACUACUUCACGUAUUUUGCCGCCGGCGUUCCGGGGCCGUACUUCGCUUGGUACUCAGAUCUGAUACCGCACGAUCACGAGAUGCGUGGGUUUGUCAUUGCUAUAUCCAACAUGUUCAGUUAUAUCAUGAGGAUAUGGUGGACUAAUGCUGUAUGGCGGACGAUUGAUGCACCAAGGUACAAAGCUGGGUUUAUUGGAGCGUCUGCAAUGGGUGUGGCGAUGAUCCUUUUGACCGUCCUGUUGCGAGUACUACAGAGUAGAGACGACAAGAGAAGGACUGAUGACGGUGCUCCGGUCGAAGAGACCGAAACAAAGGUAUAGG